CGGGCCCGCCCGGCCACGGGCUAUAAGUUCGCGCCGCGCGGUUGGCCCGCAGCACCGCGCUUGGUGGUCCGCGCCCGAGUGUCCCGCCGCGUCCGAGCUGUCGCCGCUAACCUGGCCAUGGCCGAGGAGUUGAUCCUGGAGAGGUGUGACUUGGAGAUACAGGCCAAUGGCCGUGACCACCACACGGCUGACCUGUGCCACGAGAAGCUGGUGCUGCGGCGUGGCCAGCGCUUCCGGCUGACACUGUACUUUGAGGGCCGUGGCUAUGAGGCCAGCGUGGACAGUCUUACAUUUGGUGCUGUGACAGGCCCAGUUCCCAGUGAAGAAACAGGGACCAAGGUCCGCUUCCCACUGUCCGAUGACGUAGAGGAGGGAUCCUGGACAGCCUCAGUGCUGGACCAGCAGGACAGUGUCCUCGCGCUGCAGCUCUGCACCCCAGCCAAUGCUCCCAUCGGCCAGUACCGCCUCAGCCUGGAGGCUUCUACUGGCUACCAAGGCUCCAGCUUCGUGCUGGGCCACUUCACCCUGCUCUUCAAUGCCUGGUGCCCAGCGGACGAUGUGUACCUAGACUCAGAGGAGGAGCGACGGGAAUACGUCCUUACCCAGCAGGGCUUCAUCUACCAGGGCUCCGCCAAGUUCAUCAAGAGUGUGCCUUGGAACUUUGGACAGUUUGAAGAUGGGAUCCUGGACACCUGUCUGAUGCUCUUGGAUGUGAACCCCAAGUUCCUGAAGGACCGUGCCCGGGACUGCUCACGCCGCAGCAGUCCUAUCUAUGUGGGCCGAGUGGUGAGCGGCAUGGUCAACUGCAACGAUGAUCAGGGUGUACUUCUGGGCCGAUGGGACAACAAUUAUGGGGAUGGUGUCAGCCCCAUGGCCUGGAUUGGCAGCGUGGACAUCCUGCGGCGCUGGAAGGAACAUGGCUGCCAGCAAGUGAAGUACGGGCAGUGCUGGGUGUUUGCCGCUGUGGCCUGCACAGUGCUGCGGUGCCUUGGCAUCCCUACCAGAGUGGUGACCAACUACAACUCAGCCCACGACCAGAACAGCAACCUGCUCAUCGAGUACUUCCGUAACGAGUUCGGGGAGCUGGAGAGCGGCAAGAGCGAGAUGAUCUGGAACUUCCACUGCUGGGUGGAGUCCUGGAUGACCAGACCGGACCUAGAACCAGGCUACGAGGGGUGGCAGGCCAUUGACCCCACACCGCAGGAGAAGAGCGAAGGGACAUACUGCUGUGGCCCAGUCUCAGUGCGGGCCAUCAAGGAGGGUGACCUGAGCACCAAGUACGAUGCCCCCUUUGUGUUCGCCGAGGUCAACGCUGACGUGGUGGACUGGAUCCGGCAGGAAGAUGGGUCUCUGCACAAAUCCAUCAACCACUCCUUGAUCGUGGGGCAGAAGAUCAGCACUAAGAGCGUGGGCCGUGACGAGCGGGAGGACAUCACCCACACCUACAAGUACCCAGAAGGGUCGCCGGAGGAGAGGGAAGCCUUCACCAGGGCCAACCACCUGAACAAACUGGCCGAGAAGGAGGAGACGGGGGUGGCCAUGCGGAUCCGCGUGGGCGAGAGCAUGAGCAUGGGCAGCGACUUUGACGUGUUCGCCCACAUCGGCAAUGACACCUCCGAGAGCCGCGACUGUCGUCUCCUGCUCUGCGCCCGCACUGUCAGCUACAACGGUGUGCUGGGGCCCGAGUGUGGCUCUGAGAACCUCAGCCUGACCCUGGAUCCCUUCUCUGAGAAUAGCAUCCCCCUUCGCAUCCUCUACGAGAAGUACAGUGAGUGCCUGACGGAGUCAAACCUCAUCAAGGUGCGGGGGCUCCUUGUUGAGCCAGCUUCCAACAGCUACCUGCUGGCUGAGAGAGACCUCUACCUGGAGAAUCCUGAAAUCAAGAUCCGGGUCCUGGGGGAGCCCAAGCAGAACCGCAAGCUGGUGGCUGAGGUGUCCCUGAGAAACCCGCUCUCUGAACCCCUGUACGACUGCAUGUUCACUGUGGAGGGGGCUGGCCUGACCAAGGAGCAGAAGUCUGUGGAAGUCUCAGACCCCGUGCCAGCAGGGGAAGUGGUCAAAGCACGAGUCGACCUGUUCCCGACCGAAGUUGGCCUCCACAAGCUGGUGGUUAACUUCCAGUGUGACAAGCUGAAGUCUGUGAAGGGUUACCGGAACGUCAUCAUUGGCCCAGCCUAAAGGACCCCUUCACCCAGCUCCCCGUCACCCAGCUGCCAACCCUCAACUCAACCUGGUCUUUAUCCCGAGAUAAUGAGCAACUUCACCCCUUCAGGCUGACAGGGCUCCCUGGGGGGCUCUUUGGAAGGAACUGUACUUCCGGUCCAUCCUGCUCCUCUGGUCCAGUUCCCCAUCUGUCUGUCCCCUUAGCUGUGAGGAGUGUUCUGUGCCAACACAGUGGGAACCCUGGCCUUGGCAGACCAGGGGAGGGAGAGAGCCAUUGCCAGCACCCUGUAUUGUUUGAACUGUCUCUAGAACCUCAGAGCAUGCACAGAGGGAUGGUAAACCCACUGGCUCAAUGAAGGAACCCAGCUGCCCUGGCCAUCGGUCUCCCACCCACCUCCCCACUGAAAGGGAAUUACUAUGUGCUAGGCACCUCAAGUUCUCACAGGGCCACCAGCCUGCUUAGUGUCCAUGAGAAACUGCAGGGUGGAAACUGAGGCUGCCCAUGCUGUGCUGUGCCAGUAGGCUGCCAUCAUUUGCAGGGCCAGUGGGUGAGCCUGGAAACAGAACCUGUGCCAUCUGGCUUGGGCUCUAGUCCUCCAUCUGUGACAUCAGCCCUGACCUGAGAGAGUCAGCGAAGCCAUAUGGGACCAAUCUGGAAGGGACACCGUUGGGUGAGGGGUUAAGGAAAGGACAGGGAGGCUAGGGAGCUGGCAGUCAGAGCCUAGGUCUGAGCUCCAAGGAGGGCCACACUUCGCCCUCCUCUUCUGGGCUUGAUGUUCCUUCACCAGAGCAAUGAUUGACAAGUCCACCUCCAGAGCCUCUCGGCCCUAUGCUUCUGAAGCCUGCCACCCAGGCCCACGGCACUCUGGAAAGGAGACAGCAACACCACGCCAUCCUGCUUCUCACCUACGCCCGGGUCCCUCAGAUGCAGUUCCAGGACUACCCGUAAGCUGCCUGCACAGUGCUUAGACUAGACUUCACAGGAGGAACCCUAACUGUCCACGCCGGUCACUUCCCACCAGGGCCACGCCCCCACCAGCCCUUCUUCCUCAGCAAGCACCCCCAGGCACAUCACUUGUCUACAAAAAAAAAAAAAGCGUGGGAGCCUAUGGGUCACUAUCCCCAACUACCUCUCCAUGGCUGGGCCCUCAAGCUGGAAGACCUCAGAAGUGGAGGGGUCCUCUGGGUGAUGCGGCCAGAGGCUCUGAGACCCCCUGAAAUCUCAGAGAAGAGCUUGGGAAGAAUCACAACGAUGCCUUUAACACGUUUCGCUUUACACAGAGAAUUGCACCAUGAGCCGUGUCUCUGCCCCAUUUCCACACAGCUCCGCUUCCGGUUGCUUUGUGCAAGCUCCGGGUUCCAAGCAGGCAGUGGGCAUGCUUUUGAAACACGUGUGAGCACUGAAAUAAAGGUCUAUUUUUCACAUUCAAA